AACGAACACUCACACCCAUGUCCGACCCCUUGUGGAUCAGGAACUCUGUUCUUCUCUCUCUCGAUCUACCGGAAUAUUUUCUCCGGCGAAAGUCUUACUCUAAAGCUUGAUUUCUCUCUUGGAUCAGUGUCUCUAAUCACUGAAUUUUUAUUGGAUUUUGAUCUAUUUUGGUUAUUUCUGGUUGUGUUUUUACUGAGUUUUGGAGCUGCAUGUUCAUCGGGGAUGGCUUCUGCUUGCGUGAACAACAUCGGAAUGUCACCGGAGAGUUUCCUAGACUAUCCUCCGACUUAUUCGUCGUACGGAUGGUUGAGUCCUAGAAUCUCUUUCAGUCGUGAUUUCCCCGACGAAGAAUCAAAGAUGAAGGCGUCUUCAGGCACAGAACAACUGGUGAAAUUGCCGGAGAAACAAGAUCUGGAAACCCCUGUCAAAGACUUCGGAGAUUUCGAGUUUAGGCUUGAAGAUCCUGUGACAAUGCUCCCGGCGGACGAGCUCUUCUUCGAUGGGAAGCUUGUACCUCUGCAGCUCAACACGGUUCGUCCUGCUGUUGCUUCGGGAACAACGGUGACGUCGGAUGAGAUUAGUUCGCCGGAGACGGCGAAAUCGAGACGGAGAGCUGAGGUGUCGGGGACGGAUCCGUACCUGUUCUCUCCUAAGGCGCCGAGGUGUUCCAGUAGAUGGAGAGAGCUUCUCGGGCUGAAGAAGCAGCAGAGCAAUCACGCUAAGCAGGAUUUGCAGAAGUCUGCGUCAUCUAUCGCUUCUUCAAAGCUUACCAACCCGAAGUCUUUGAAGCAUUUCCUCCAUAGGAACUCGAAAUCUUCUUUAGCUGGUGCGGAUUCAUCGUUGAGCCUUCCAUUGCUCAGAGAUUCUGAUUCGGAGUCCGUUUCGAUUUCUUCCCGCCUUUCGCUUUCUUCUUCGUCUUCUUCUGGCCCUGACCACGAAGAUCUCCCAAGGCUUUCCCUGGAUUCGGACAAACCGAAUCCAAAUCAAACAAAUUUUCUGAGCAGAAAUCCUACGAGGCUUAGAAUAGCGAAGCCAGCCACUUCUAUAACUGCCACUGCGUCUGCCGGCGAGAACAUCAGGCCUUUUGCGGCCGAGUAUCCAACAGGUAGAGUCGGACGGAGUCCGAUUCGCAGAACAUCUGAUUCAACAACCAUUCCUGCUAGAGGAGUCUCCGUUGACAGUCCUCGUAUGAACUCUUCUGGUAAAAUCGUCUUCCAGAGCUUGGAGAGGAGCUCGAGCAGUCCGAGCAGCUUCAAUGGCGGUCCGAAAAUUAAGCACAGAGGAAUGGAAAGAUCUUAUUCUGCAAAUGUCAGAGUCACCCCUGUUCUAAACGUUCCGGUUUGUUCGCUUCGUGGAUCUUCUUCUGUCUUUGGAUUUGGACAGCUGUUUUCUUCUCCUCAAAAGAGAGAUGGAACAUCCACCAAAAGCCAUACCAACAGAAAUCGCACUGACCGGAAUUGAUUUGGUUUCGGAUUGUUCCUCAGGUAACAUCUUCCAAAAAUUUUUUAGCUUACGUUGGUUUCCUCUCACCCCUACUGUUCUUUGGUUGUUCCAUCUUACAAAUUUUAGAUGUAUAUAUGAGGGGUCUUUCAGCUGAUGUAGGAUUUCUUCCACUGAUCUGCAAAAGGUUGGAAUCCUUUAAGCUUUACUGGGUUUUCUGAUUUCUAUCUGGUGGGUUGGGCUGUUUUUGCUAGUUCUUGUAAUCUCACAGUAUUGAGCAGUAAGAGAUAUGAUCCAGUUCAAAAGAUUAAAAUUUUUGUUGUAAGUUUGCUGA